AUGGCCAGCUUCGGGCGAUUCGUGUGCGUGCUGCUGCCGUUCCUGCUGACGCUGGCAUCGCUGGUUGCGAUGCUGAUAGCGGGUCUGGCGGGCGUAGCCGACAAAUCGCUCUACAUGUUCCAAGUGAACACGACCGACCUCUCAAUAUCACCCUUGUCGCUUGCGAAUGUCCUCGAUGCUGCGGGCGUCAACACGCGAAAUGCCGAGGCCGAUGUCGCCGACGCCGCCAUUAGCAGCCGCCAGACCCCGAGCAACAUCACGGCUGCCGACCUGGGCCUUCACAAGAUUUACGACGUUGGCGUGUGGGCCUACUGCUACGUCCCGCAAAACGGCCCGCGCGAAUGCACCAAGCCUGCCUUCGGCUGGGCCAACAACGUGCUCAAUACGACAACGGGCAACCUCACUCAGUUGGCGACGGCUUCGGGCCAAACGGUGACGCUGCCCGAGGACAUUACCAACUCGAUGCAAGUGUUUAGCACCGUCUCCCGUUGGACGCAGAUUGUCUUUGUCAUCGCCUACGCGGCGCUCGCCCUGGAGCUGCUAUUUGGCCUGCUCGCCAACUGCAGCCGCAUCUUCUCGUGCAUCACCUGGCUCAUCGCGCUGGUCGCCGCAGCCGCCGUUUCCGCUGCGGCGGCGCUCUCCACGGCCACGUCGGUGGUGGUCGUCGGCGCCGUUGAGGCCACGGCCAAGUGGUACGGCGUGGGCGGCGAGCUUAACGUGCGCUUCCUCGCGGCCGUCUGGCUCGGCGCCGCGUUCGCCGUCGCCGCCGGCCUGUUCUGGCUCUUCACCAUCUGCUGCUGCGCGCCCGACCACUCGUCGCGCCGCUCCCGCGGCUUCCGCGACCAGGGCGAGAAGUUCGCCCCGAGCGCCACCUCGUCGUACCAGCGCCUCGAGCCCAGCGGUGGUGCCUACGCCGCCGGCGGCUAUGCCCAGCCUUACCCCCAGGCGUACGCCUCGCCGCAGCAGCACUCGGGCGCGUACGAGCCUUACUCGCAUGCUCGUGUUUAA